UGGCUGAGAGGAUGAUGACGUGUUUCCGGUCUCACACCCGACAUUACAACAACAAGGCAGGGCGAAAAGAGCUUGGACGGAGAGACGACUGUAGCACGGGAGUGAACAGAAAUACCCAAACUGUCACCACAAAAGGAUUCCCAUCAAUACCGUUGGAAUCCACCAACUUCUCCCACAGAUGAGGCAGAUGUUAUAGAGGGGGAGCCACACUCCCCACCCACAGCAGGGACUGUCUAAGGUGUGUUGCUGAGCCCAGGAUGGGGAGGAUUUGAGGGAACUUUCUCCUCAGAUGAAUCCUGAGUUGUGACACUAAACUCUCCUGAGCUCAGAUUCUUCAGAGCCCACCCUGCUAGUAAUAUGAGCCAUGGACUCUGGAGCACUUGAUAGUCCUGUAACCCUGGUCAUUAAGGCCCCCAACCAGAAGUAUGAAGACCAGACCAUUAACUGCUUCCUCAACUGGACCGUGGAGAGGCUGAAGAGUCACAUCUCCAACGUGUACCCCAGCAAGCCGCUGUCCAAAGACCAGCGGCUGGUGUACUCAGGAAUGCUCCUUCAAGACCACCUACAGCUCAGAGACGUGCUUAGAAAGCAGGAUGAAUACCACAUGAUGCAUCUAGUGUGUGCCUCUCACAGCCCCCCAGCCUCGCCCAUGCCUCGGAGCCCAUCCACAGCCAACUCUUCUGCUUCUGACUCCAGCAGUUCAGACGGUGCCGGCUCCACCUCCCCUGCCAGCACACCCAAUCAGGACGGUCCUCCAGCCUCUUCCUCCUCGUCUGUCCCAGGAAGUUAUGAUGGCCUGAGGUACCGCGGCAGCUUCCCCCAGUACGACCCUCAGAGCGCCUCUGGUGUCCCUCAGUGGCCAGAUGGAGCCCAGGUCCCCUUACAAGGAGGCCUCCCUGCCAACAUGCCCCCCCAUCCUAUGUACAUGCCAAUGCAGAUGCUGUGGUGGCAGCAGAUGUAUGCACGUCACUACUACAUGCAAUAUCAAGCGGCAGUAGCUGCUUCUCAGCCUCCCAGUACCUCCCCUCCUUCCUCUCCCUCCCCCUCACCCCAUCAACCCGCCCAGCCCAACGAAGCCGUGCAGCCCCCGCUGGGGCCCAACCCGGACCCCAACCCUUUACCAGAGAACCAGCCGGCCAACCCCAACAUCCAGAUGAACGCGCAGGGCGGGGCGGUGUUAAACGAAGACGAGCUGAACCGCGAUUGGCUGGACUGGUUGUACACGGUGUCUCGCGCCGGCGUCCUGCUCAGCAUCGUUUACUUCUACUCCUCCUUCAGCCGCUUCGUCAUGGUGGUCGGCGCCAUGCUGCUCGUCUACCUGCAUCAGGCUGGUUGGUUUCCCUUCAGGCCGGAGCAGCAGAACCUUCGAGGAGGCGAAAGGCCCAGGGCUCCUCAGGAGGAAGCGGAGAGACACCAGGACAUGCAGGAAAUGGAACGUCUGAUGGAUGAAGGGAUGGAGGACGAAGAAAGCGGUGAGGAAGGAGGCGGGGGCCCCGAGGACCAGGACCAGGCUGCUGCCGCUGCUCUCCCUGAGCCAAGCUUCCUUACCACCGCGUGGUCCUUCAUCAGCACCUUCUUCACCUCGCUCAUCCCAGAGGGACGGCCCCACCCGGCAAACUAGGCAGCCCCCACCCCUCUGCCCUACCUCUCCUCCUCCUGCCAGCAGGUACCGCUCAACGGAAGUAUCACAAUUCCCACCUUCAUCGUUACUGUCCCAAAUACCCCAUUUAGCCCCAGACCAUCUUCAGAUACCCCCACAAACACCUUUUGACCCUCGACCACCUGGUGCAACCUCAGCCAGUCGACUCUAAACCUGCCGCCAACAAACACUUAAAACAGGCUCGUCUGAAGUUAAAGAGCAGAGUCCUGCAGGCGGAGAGAACAAAUGGACAUUUAGAAAGUAAAGUAACGUUGUGUUGAUGGAGUAAAUGCUUCAGCAGUGGAAGUUUUUCUUUUUUUUUUCUUUCAUUGACCGUGAAUUCAUUGAGAUGGUGAGAGACCCUGGAGGGAGCUGUCUUCCAUUUUAAGCAGAGAGAAGGUCAUGCCUUUGAAACAUUCAGUGACGGAUGUGACCCAGACUACGAAACAAAAAAAGAGAAAGAAAACAGGAAUCUCCCUAAAACCAUGGGAGAUGUGUGUCCUUAACUAACCAUGAAAAACCACAUCCCCAAAGACAUUUUCAUGUAUGCACAUUGUGCAUAACGACAUUGCAGCUACUGAAGCACAUUGUUUUCCCACUUUGUGUAUUUGAACAUUAUUUACACAUGUAAGUAUAUGCAUCUUUAAUUCCUGAAUAUAUGCUUUUUUUGAAUAAAAAUCUUGCUUCGG